AGCCAUUUUGGCUCAAGCCAUGCUGGCUCGAGCCUUUUUGGCUCAAGGGCUCCAUUUGUGCUCGAGCCGUCGGGUCCGCCGGCAGCAGGGGGGGGCGCGAUGGAUUCGAUCCCCGCGGCCCGCAGAUGGCGGCGCAGACCCCACGAAGCCGAAGGAUCCCUCGGAAGAGGCGCUCUGCCCGACGGAGGCGCCCGACCUGCAGAGCGGAGAUGCGCCGGUGCCUGGGGAUGACGAAGGUUGUCGAAGCUUUCGUUCACCAUGGAUCCUGUUGUAAGCAGCGACUCGUCGCCGGUCGUCGCCAUCGAUUUACUGUCAGUGCUCUGGUAUUGUGGCCGCAUCUUCAGGAAACAGCAUACCGCGGCCGAGUACGCCACAGGCGCGAACAAGAUUGACGACUUCUGGUCGUACAGCAGGCACGGCAACGACACAGCCCACACGCUGAUGCUCCUGCUGCACUACAACGGACUCCCGUCCGCCGUGAUGGGAAUUCUCGCGGCCGUCGUCGGCGCUUGCCUGAUGCCGCUGGACUGGGUGCCAAACCACAACUUUGCAGGCAUCCUCGUUAUGCUCCUGGCGACCUGCGUGGCCUUCGUCCUGGUGCUGUCCUCCGUGAUUCCCAGGCGCGUGUUCCUGGACUUCGUGCAUUCCUCAAGACGGCGAGGAAGCCAAGAGAGGAGGCAUCCUGAGCCUCGGCCACACCCUGAAGUGUUCGGAUCGCAUGAUCUUGCUUUGGGACGAGACAUACUGGACUCGGCUCUCGUGCGUAUUCGAGUGCGCAGCCUACUUGAAAUUGCAACGCAAUGGCGAUGCCUCCAAGAGGAUGGAGAUGUUGCCGGUGCCCAUCGGCGUGCUGACGGUGGGAACGUCAUUGCCAUCUCGGUGAUGCUGCUCUGCAAGAACACGUCAGCGAGUUUUUCCGAGCAGAGGCUCGCGGACGUAUCAUUGAAAGGUGUGGGAAUCAGCGUCGCGGCCAACACCGUCUCCCUGACCUUGUCUGUCCUCUGUCUGGCGUGCAGUGGCCUCCGAUACGUGAAUUUGCUGAAGGAACAACACAUCCAGUUACAGCGAUUCUCUCUGAGAGGGUCGAACUGCUUCUGCUUCACGGUCGCGCACGUCAACCCAAAGACCAGCGAGAGGAUGGGCUGCGACAAAGUCUUGAUCGAGGCGUCCGUAGUCGCUUGUUUCGGAUGCAUCGAGACCUUCGAGAGCUAAGUCCGCGACGCCAUGCACGAUCUCGUCCACGCCCGUUCGUUCCUGCCGUAUAGGUGCUGCGCCAUGGGGGGCAUGCCGUGUUUCUUCUGCUCCAUCGGCGAAGCCAUCUGGCUUUGGAGGUCUGGCGGCGCGUUCUCCGCCCUGAUCUGCCUCCAGCGGGGGGUCAGCGGAGCAUUCGUGUGGGUGCCCCUGUUUACCCGCGUCGUCUUCUACUCCCUCGACAUUUUUCGGCCGAAGUCCGCGAUGAGGUGUCCGGCGUUCCGCGCGGUAUUGGGUUGCACUGCGUUCUGCGGGUUGCUCCACAUAAUCUUCUUUGCCUCCCUACAAUUCCCGUACCUUCUCGUGGGUUAUGUUCAGUGGCCCGCGGUGAGCAGCAUCUGAUACAUCAGCAUAACGGCCAUACUAUCGGUGCGACAUCUGAGGGCGCCACAAUACACCUCUUUCUACAUUUAAGUUGAGCUCUGUACGCAGCUCAUGCCGGAG